AUUCAACUCUCAUCAUCACCAACACAAUCAACUCUCUCCUUCUCUAAUCAAAAUAACAAGAAAAAAGACACAAAGAUGAAGAUCUCGAAAACCCUUUUGCUAGUGAUUUCUCUGAUAGCUGCAACUUGUUUCUUGCAAGCCAAGGCAGCUGGAGUUUACUGUAGCAACCCUUACAGCAGAUGUUACCGCAGGUACAUCCAAUGUCCAGAAGAAUGUCCAAGCACAACAGCUAUGAACUCCAACAACAAAGUUUGCUACGCCGACUGCGACAGACCAACUUGCAAAUCCCAAUGCCGCAUGAGGAAACCGAAUUGCAACAGACCUGGAUCAGCUUGUUAUGACCCGAGGUUCAUUGGAGGAGACGGCAUUGUGUUCUACUUCCAUGGAAAGAGCAACGAAGAGUUCAGCCUCGUCUCUGACUCUGACCUUCAGAUCAACGGUAGGUUCAUUGGCCACAGACCCGCUGGUCGCGCCAGAGACUUCACAUGGAUCCAAGCUCUCGGAUUCCUCUUCAACUCCCACAAGUUCUCUCUCGAAGCCGCAAAAACCGCCACAUGGGACAACGAAAUCGACCAUCUCAGAUUUGCUUUCGAUGGCCAAGAACUAUCUGUCCCGGAAGAAACUCUCUCCACCUGGUACUCACCAAACAAGGACAUCAAGAUCGAGAGAGUGACCACGAGAAACAGCGUGAUCGUGACAAUCAAAGACAAAGCCGAGAUCAUGGUCAAUGUGGUUCCGGUGACUAAAGAAGACGACAGGAUCCACAGCUACAAAGUACCAUCAGAUGACUGUUUCGCACAUCUCGAGGUUCAGUUCAGGUUCUUCAACCUUUCACCUAACGUCGACGGAAUCUUGGGACGAACCUACAAACCGGAUUUCCAGAAUCCGGCUAAGCCUGGAGUCGCUAUGCCAGUUGUUGGUGGCGAAGACAGCUUCAAGACCUCUUCUCUUCUCUCCAACGACUGCAAAACUUGCAUUUACUCUGAAUCACAGAUUGAUUCCGUUAAGUCAGAGAUGGAAUAUGCAGCUUUGGAUUGUACCCGUGGAGCUUCUUCUGGAUACGGAAUCGUCUGCAGGAAGUAAAGAAAUCAUAUUGAACGUGGCUUAAAAUUAAAAGAUGAAUAAUGCCAGAGAGCAGUUAGCUUCUGCUGGAGAAUUUUCAAACUAUAUUAUUACGUGAAGAAAAAGAUUGUUGUAUUUUGCUUACUAUUUAAUACUUGUAUUGUAUCGUCGACCAUGCAUUCUAAUUUGUAUUCACCUAAUCACUGCUAAUGAUAUAUAAAUAACCUAUGAAUUCUCCUG